AUGGAUAGGAUUUCCUGGGACGAAUACUUCCUUCGCAUCGCUUACGCCGUUUCCGCGCGUUCAAACUGCGUUCGCCGCCAGAUCGGCGCCGUUAUCGUGAACGACAAGAUCAUUACCAGCACGGGCUACAAUGGUACGCCCAUGGGCAUACCCAAUUGCUUCGACGGUGGGUGCAAACGAUGCAAUUCGGACGGGCCUUCCGGGGCGAACCUGGACGAAUGUAUCUGUAUACACGCCGAGGAGAACGCCAUCGUUUUUGCUGCCCGGCACGGCUCGUCGACAAGCGGCGCGACGAUAUACACGACCAACAAACCCUGCCUGGGUUGUCUGAAGAAGUCCAUACAGGCGGGUAUCAGGCGGGUUGUCUAUGCCGAACAAUACGCCUACACGAAAUCCGUUGAAGAAGUGUAUAACUGGCUGGUGGAAGAAUCCGGAAUCGAGAUGUCGAACAUAGUUCGUAAACUGAUCGCCCACAUGAAGUGGAUCGCCAGCCGGAAACACUGGUUCAUACCGCCUGAGAUCGGUCAAAUUUCGCUUGACGCCUGUCCAGCGAACCGGGCAGUUUAA